AUGGCCGCCAAGAUAUUUGCCCUCCUUGCACUCCUUGCUCUUUCGGUGAGCGCUGCAACUGCGUUCAUCAUUCCGCAGUGCUCACCGGUUACUGCUGCGGGGUAUGAGCACCCAAUUGUGCGGGCCUAUAGGUUACAACAGGUGCUCGCGGCGAGCAUCUUAGAACAACCAAUUGCCCAAUUGCAACAGCAAUCCUCGGCUCACCUACUAGUUCAGACCAUCGUGGCGCUAACUGCGACAGCAACAGUUCCUGCCAGCGCUCAGUCAACUAUUCCUGCCAAUGCUCAGUCAACUACUGCUUCCACUAUCUGUGGCAAAUGCCAUUGCCCUGCAACAACAGUUACAACAGUUCUACUUGCAACAACAACAGCUACUUCCAUUCAACCAACUGGCUUCCAUUCAACCAACUGGCUGAACGCCGCUGCAUACCUGCAACAGCAGCAGCCGCUUCCGUUUACCCAGUCGGCUGUUGCAACCGCUGCUGCCUACCAUCAGCAACAGCAGCUGCUACCAGUUCACCCAUCGGCACUGGCUAACCCAUUGGCUGCCGCUUUCCUGCAGCAGCAGCAGCAGCAAUUGCAGCCAUUCGACCUGAUGUCUUUGAGGAACCCUGCCUUGUCGUGGCAGCAACCCAUCGUUGGAGGUGCCAUCUUCUAG